CAUGACGAUGACGUGAAAGUCACAAAAGGUUGAGGUUGUCGUCUCCCUGAUAUUAAUCGCGGAAGGUCCGUUACUUCAUUCCGUAGAUUCAUAUUCUGAUCCAUUGCCUCUUUCACAACACUCAUUCUUCACGUGGGUACCGUACGUACGUACGUACGUUGAGUAAAAUCGUCGAGCACCACCAAACAUCACAUCACCAUCUGAGCACUGGAAGAGUGGGAUUCACAAUGGCAGCUGCACAGCAACUCAACCUGCCUGACGGCCGUAUUCUCUCAUACGAACUCUCAGGCCCGGACUCGAAGCCCAUCGUCCUAUUAGCCAACUCACUUGCGGCGCCCUUUACGCUCUGGGAUCAUGUUGUCAAGGUUCUCCACGCCAACGGCUUCCGUACGCUGCGCUUUGACCAGCCGGGCCACGGCAAGUCGUCGGCACCAAAGAAGCUCGACACCGAGUUCGAGACGAUAGCCGACGACGUGCACUCUCUGGUCAAGUCGCUCAAGAUUGAGAAGCUCUUUGGGUGGAUUGGAGUAUCCAUGGGCGCGGCGACGAGCUUCUACUUUGCGACAAAGUACCCUGGCAUCAUCCAAAAGGUAGCCAUCUGCGAUACCAUCAGCUCGUCGCCCAAGCACGCCGGGGUGGAGGACUUGUUCGGCCCGCGGGCCAAGGCAGCGGGCGAGGCCGGCAACAUGGAAGCCCAGGUCGACCAGACGAUGGACCGCUGGUUCGGCGCCGAAUGGAUCAAGGCCAACCCUGAAGAGGCGGCCCGCGCACGCACGAUCAUGAACCAGACUACCGUGGAGGGAUUCCAGACGUGCUGCUUUGCGCUGCAGAGCGACAGCUUCGAUAUUCGACCUCUGUUUGAGAGGAUUGGGUCUGGUGUUGACGAGGCACUGUUGGUUGUUGGUGAGAAGGACGCGAAUCUACCGCAGGCGAUGCAGGGGAUGCGGGACAGCGUGGAGAAGGGAUUCAGGGCGGCUGGCAAGGACAACAAGAUUGAGCUCAAGGUGAUUAAGAACGCGGGUCACGUCCCGUUUGUCGACAACUUUGAGCAGUUUAAGGAGGUGAUUCUGGGCUACCUCAAGGCGUGAUCAAUCAACCUACCUACCCAAGGUAGUCGCGAGUCAAUGGAUACCCUAGGAGGAAACGAAGAAAAAAAAUCAUCACCAUCAUCCUUACUCCAUUUGGGCAUUGGAGGUUGGAGUUGAUGAAGCUAUUGCAAUCGGCUUCCGUUCCCAGCCUCUGGUCGCUUUGGUGGCUUUUGUGAAAUGAAUUAACAGAAAAGGGGCAGUCCUGGGAGCACAAAGAC